CAUUGGGCUGCAGCUGAGUGGCUGCAUGGAGGCUCCCUACCUCCUGUGGCCAGCCAGGUUGCCAGGGAGGCUGCGGGGCACUGUGCUGGCAGGACUGGACUAUUGACAGCACUUUCCUCCCACCAGGAAAUGGAGCCCGAGUCGGCCCAGCUGUUGCACAAACGUGACAUCCCAGACUUGGGCACUCCCAGGGGCACCUGGCCACCCCAGAAGGACUCUCCUGGCCUGAACGUGAAGGUGAAGGAAGGCGGCAGUCACUGCCUCUGGAACCAUGAGGACCCACGACCCCAGGGGCUCCGUGUUGCUCAUGGGGAACUGCCGAGUCCAGCCUGUCAGGCUGAGGCCACAUCUUCUACAUGGAUGUCUGGACAAUGUGGUCAAUGAGCAGAGUACUUCCCCACCAGUGCCACACCUCCAUGCCUUGCUGACCAGUGGAGACGAGCCUCCCACACAGACAGACAUCUUUGACCUCCUCAAAGCCUCCUAUGAGAAAUUCAGCAGCCUGCGGGCCAGCGACACUGAGCAGAUGCGGUUUAACAGGCUGAAAGUGAUGCAGUCGUUGGAGGACACAGCCAAGAGGAGCGUGGUCUGAGCCAUACCUGGGGACACUGGCUUCUCCACUGAAGAGCUGGAAGACCUUUACAUGGUGUUUAAGGUAAGAGCCGAGAACAGGGACAGGACCUGUAACUGUGACCUUAUAGAGCUGCUGCUGCUUUCAGUGAUCAAGUGGGGAAAUGCCCAGGCCCUCCUUGACGGUGGUGCCGGAGGGCAGAGCCCAAGGUCAGGCCAAAGCAGGAGGCUCCGUGCAGGGAACCAGAACCCGGGGCUGCUCCCGCACAAGCACAGGCUGGACCUCGGCAGAGGUGGGCUGCAGUCCCAGCUGGAGAAGAAUGUGCUCCAUGUUGUUAUUUCCUGGUUGGCAGAGGCACUACCACAGGAAGAUCGGGAAGGAAGCAGAAGCGAGGAUACCCAAGAAAAGCGAGCAGAGGAGAAGGGGACCAGCCCCCCAGACUACCGACUCUACCUUCGCAUGUGGGCCAAGGAGGGAGAGGCUCAGAAGGAGACCAUCCAGGAUCUGCCCAAAAUGAACCAGGAGCAAUUCAUUGAGCUGUGCAAGACGCUAUACAACAUGUUCAGUGAGGACCCCCUGGAGCAGGACUUGUACCACGCCAUUGCCACAGUGGCCAGCCUCCUCCGCAUCAGUGAGGUGGGGAAGUUCUUCAGUCCCAGUGUCAAGAAGCCCACGGGUGGCACUCUCAGCAAGGACCAGGGCAGUUCCACUGAGGAUGAGUCCCCACUGCCAUCACCUGCAAGGGAAUCCCAUCAGGCCCCAGUACAGGAAUGCCAGCUGACAGCCACGGGGGACCCCUGGACCAAAGCUGGUGGAGACACCCACCUUGGAAAAGUGCCACAGGAGAGACAGACGGUGGUAGAGGGGGGCAGUGGAGAGGGGCAGGGCUCACCCUCCCAGCUCCUGUCUGAUGAUGAAACCAAAUACAACAUAUCCAUGUCCUCCUACUCAGUGGUCAGCAUGGGCUCCCUGCAGUGUGAAGACCCCACAGACACUGCCCGCAUUGGGGACACCAUGGACGCAGACUGGUGCAUCUCCUUCAAGCAGAUCCUGGCCUCCAUCCUGCCGGAGUCUGUGCUGGUCAACUUCUUUGAGAAAAGGGUGGACAUUGGACUCAAGAUGAAGGACCAGAAGAAAGUAGAGAGACAGUUGAGUGCCUCCAGUGAGCAUGAGCCAUCUGUUGCUCUGGGCUGA